AUGUCCCGACAGUACUUCCGUGUCGGAGCCAAAGGCCAAGGGAAGGGCAAUAACCCGCGCCGGAACCAGGCGGCCAACUUGGCGGAGAAUGAGACCGCGUCCUUCAUAUGUUUUUCCCAGCUCCUCGAGGAGGCCCCAGCAGCGCUCGCGACCGAGAUCAUCAUGGAGGCCGGGGACCAGCACGACGUUGUCAGCGAGACGAACCCUCUCGAGUUCCUGAUUGGACCGCCCAUGAUGGAGACCCACAUGGAAGAGACCGCGGCGUUCCUCCAGGAUGGCGGCCAAGAAGCCGUCGGUGGCGAGGCCUAUGUGACGGGCAUCACCACCAGGGAGGCGGUGCAGCAAGGGAAAGCUGUACUGGAUUGCGGGGCAACUCGCAGCAUCGGGUCCGUCACGGCGCUUGAACAGCUCAUGGCGGUCAAUGUGGCGGCCUAUGGAGAGUCUCGGGUCCUUCAUGUGGACCAGAACGAUAGGCCAGUGUUCGGGUUCGGCAACUCCUCCACGGAUCGUUGCACCUCUACCGUGAAGAUGGGAUUGCAAGCCGGGAAGCGCCAAGGAGCCAUCCAGGUUCACGCCCUGGACAAGGGCGAUGGGCCCAUCCUGCUCAGCAUAGAGGCGAUGACCGCCCUGGGAGCCUUGGUGGAUUUCCGCUCGAACUUGGCGGUGUUCCGCAACUUGGAUCCACGGAAGCUCGUGCCGUUGGAAAGAUCAGCAACCGGGCAUAUCCUAGAGCUCCUAGUUCGCGUGGCAAGCAGUAUGAGCAACUUGACCAAGCAGAACCUGCGGAAGAUGAUCGAGCAGGAAGGGGAGUCCGCACCACGCCAGUGGACCCGAGUGGAGCUGCUUCAGCGAAUCGAGGAGAUCACGGGGCGCGACCAUACCCGGGAGAAGACCAAGAAGCAGGAGGAGGAGUCCGAGUACCGCGUCCUGGUCCGCGACCUCAAUCAUGCGGCAAGGCGCAAAGGAGAUCUCCAACAGUUCUGUGUCGACCGGCUGGGCAUGCAGGUGAACUACAACCUGACCAUCGCCCAGUUGCAGAAGGAUGCCAUGGCAAUCAUUGCAUCUCGUACACCCCCGGAGCCAGCAGACUUGGUCGGCUUCGGGCGUCAUGCCAGCCUCUCCUACGGCCGCCUCAAGAGCGACCACCCGGAGUAUUGUCGCUGGGUGAAGGAAACAGCCAGCGAAGGCCAGUGCAAUCCUCGGUUGAGACGAUUGGCCGGAUGGCUGCUCAACGACGCGAAGAUGGUGCAGGAGGCGCAGAAGGAGAUCCGCCAGCCGAUGAAGAUCAGCGACAUGAAAGGGGAAACGCGGGGAGGAUACCCCACGGUGAUGGAACCAUCGACGCCUCGGGGCUCCGCGUCGACGACGAAGCAA